AUGGCACGGGACGUCGGGUCCGUGAGUCGCUUUGCGACGCAGCUCUUUGCGUCGCCCGAGCGCAAGCCGAGCACGAACCGGCUCGGGUCGAUCGCCGCCAUGGCCCGAGGUCUACCACCCGGCAAUCAUGGCCUCAAGAAGAAAGUGCAGCCCGUCAACUUUUCCCGCUUUCGUGCACUUGAGAGCCGCGUCGGUGAGUGGCGCAUGGACAGCGCGUUUCGCCAGCACAACGUUUUCAUGCUGGUCAAUGCGAUGUUUGGCCUCGCGCUUGCGAUCGCCGAGCUCGAGCUCUCUUGGAACGACCCGCACAAUGCGCCGCCGCCAGCAUCCCACGAGGCCGUGUCGGAGACGCUCCGCAGCACAAUUCUGAAGGGCAUCAUCUCGCUCUCGACGCUACUUCUGCUCGGACAGCUCGUGCGCCUCCAUCAAAUGCUGUCGCUCGAGAAGAAGCUCGUGUGGGGCGAAGGCCUCAAGAUGCGCUACUGGACGAGCGAGAUGACGCUCCGCGCGCUUCUCGAAGGGCUACUUUUGGCGAUCCACCCUCCGCCGUACACGAGCCUCAAGGUGCUCGAAGCCGGCGCCAUCUUUAUGCUGCUCCGCUUCUACCUCGUCGUCCGCGUCUUGCGCGACCACUCGAUGGUGUACCGCAAGCGCAAGGACAUUGUCGAGCAACACUUUCAAGCGACGCCGGCGCCGCAUUUCAACUGGUGGCUCUCGACGCAGAUCAUGUUUCAGCACGCACCAGGCGCAGCGCUCCUCGCCUUUACGACUUGGUGCAUCGUUGCGUUCGGGCUCGCAACGUACUUUAGCGAGCGCGACGCAAACCCGAAGACGUUUACGCUUGUCAAUUCGACGUGGUAUGUGUACACGGCCUUGCUCACGCUCGAUUUUGAAGAGUACACUGUGUCGACCGACACGGCGCGCGUCAUCACGUGUCUUCUCAUCCUCGCGGGCGUCGUGCUCAAUACGCUCGUGGUUGUCGCGAUUCUGGACAAUAUUUCACUCGAUGCAAAAGGCAAAAUUGCGCUUGCGUUUGUCUAUCGCGCCGAAGCCCACGACGCGAUCCGGGCCGCGGCCGGCUCGUUCAUCGUCACGUGGCUGCGCUGGAAGCGCGCGCAGCGCACGCUCUUGACCGCCGCCGAGUGGCGCAGCCACCUCCUCAAGGUCACGCGCGCGCUCGACACCAUGCGCAUUGCGCGCUACAAGAAAAAGCUCACCGAGCAAGGCCUCGGCGACCCGGUGCUCGACAAGCUACAGAGCCUCGACGCGUGGAUCCUCCAGAUCUGGGCCAAGCUCCACACGGACGGCUUUGACCUAUCACAGCGAGAGGCGUCAUGGAGGCCAGCACCGCGGCUACAAACAUCGCGCAGUCUCGGGACCGUGCGCGUGCCAAUCGCUGCUCGUUCACCGAGCCCCCCGAUCGACGACCGACGACCCAGCGCUGAGGACGCACCGAGUGCGGCGGCGGUCGAGAGCACUGACGUUGUGCGCGUUCGGCUCAGCCAAGAGCGCGUGCAGCGGCAAAAUGAAGAGAUCCUGCGCACACUGCAAGACAUGUUGAGUCGUAGCUAA